CGAAUAUUUCGUGGUCUAAAAUUGAUGGAGCAUGCUGGGAUGGAAUUACUACAUGAAUCAGGUUUGAAAGUUCCGCAGUUUGUAAUUGCACGCAACAUGGAGGAAGUUGCACGGGGAUAUGACCUGAUUGUGAAGAAUUCAACCAACUCCGAUGUUGUUAUCAAGGCUCAAGUUCUUACCGGAGGACGUGGUAAGGGCAAAUGGGAAACCGGACUUCAGGGAGGGGUGAAAAUCGCACUCGACAAGCCAGAAGCAUUAGAAUUGGCAGGACAUAUGCUUGGGAAACGACUAUUCACCGCACAGACCGGAAGCGUCGGACAGUUGUGCAAUGCCCUGAUGUUGGCCGAGCGAAAAUACAUUGCAUACGAACGUUACUUGGCCAUCGUAUUGGACACCGAGUCAGCUUCGCCGAUCUUAUUGGGUUGCGCUGAAGGCGGGGUGAAUAUUGAAGAGUUUGUGAAGGAGUUCCCCGACAAACUGAUCAAACUUCCAGUAGAUAUCUCCAAAGGGUUGCAUCCAGAUCAGGCAUCCAAUUUCGCCAAGCAACUGCGUAUUCCAAACGACGCUGGGAUAGCUGAAGCGGCAGAACAAAUCGGUGCAUUGUAUAGCCUAUUCAUCAAACGCGAUUGUACCUUCCUGGAAAUUAACCCGUUAGCGGUGGACGUCUCUGGAAGUGUGCUAUGUGUGGACUGCAAAAUCCAGAUAGACGACAACGCACGUGAACGACAGAAGGACUUGUUUGUCAAACGCGAUCGAAGCUUGGAGGAUGCAAGAGACAUCCGUGCCGAAAGUAUCGGCAUCAACUACAUUGCCUUGGACGGGAACAUUGGUUGUUUGGUAAACGGUGCAGGACUGGCCAUGUCUACCAUGGAUAUAAUAAAACUGCACGGUGGGUCUCCGGCCAAUUUCUUGGAUGUCGGCGGUGGCGCAGAGGCCAAUCAAAUUGCGGAAGCUUUUCGACUGAUCCUUUCUGAUGCAAAAGUUCAAGUCAUAUUUGUGAACAUCUUCGGAGGGAUUUUAAAAUGCGACGUGAUUGCUCAAGGUAUUGUGAGUGCAUUGAGCGAGAUAAAAACGCAAGUUCCUAUCGUCGUUCGACUGCAAGGAACUAAUGUCACUGAGGCAAAACGAAUCUUGGCAACCUGCGGAAAGAGGCUGUUAUCAGUGAUGGAUUUGGAUAAGGCAGCUCUGAUGGCGGUGAAGUUGUCCAAAAUCGUUCAACUGGCCAAGGACUCUUCGGUUGUGGUACAAUUUUCAGAGUUACCUAGUGUACAGAUGUGUCAAAAGUAGAGUCCUUUUACGUAAUCCGCCAUUUUAAACCAAAUCGCCGGUUCUGCGUUGGAUUGUUUCGGACAUACAGUUCCAUACUCGUCCUCUUAUGUUCCAAAACGUCUGCCAAUUAUCACUCUCAGUAGCAUAUUAAAAAACUGUGGUGUAUAUGAGUGAGUAUAUGUUCUUUAUGUACUAUCGUUGCUGAAAUAUAUUUAAACUUUUU